UUAGUGCUGCCAGAAACUUCCGAUAUUGAACGAGAACAUUGUUCGGUGUCUUUGUUUCAUAUAACUGGAAUGAUAGUUAAAUUGAACAUUUUCUACCAAUGGUUCGCCUUUGUGGCGAAUGGCUAUUUGUAUCGAUCCCAAUUUAUUUGGGACCGCUAUUGGCAAAGGUUGAUGGUAAGCCUGCGUUAAGAUCAGCUGUUGCGUCGUUGCCAAGAUUAAAGGAUAGGUCUGGAUUUUAUGGCAGAAAAGAUGAAGAUUCUUCAUCCGCCACUUCCGUAGACAUUAAUGGUGCAACAGAUGCUGAUAAAUCUCCAGUUCACUUCAUUGGGGAUAUACCUGAUGCUGGCUUGAAUGAUGGAGCCCUGCAUAGUUGGACUGAGGGUUUGGAUUAUUAUUCCAUAGAUCCACGUAGUGAAAUGGCAUCAGAAAAUACCGUUGGUGACGCUAAGCUAACAUUUGUUGCGACAUGUGGCUCAGCAGAUGAGCUACGUCUAGAAGAUCUCAAGGAUGCUGUGAAAAAUCCAGCAAUGGUUCCACCUCAUGUAGCUCAGUUGAUAAUUCUGGCAUGUUUCAUUUGUCUUUCAGCAUGUCUUUUACAGUUUAUAAUAUCAAAGGUAAACGAGAAGAUCCCGAUAUCGAUUGCAUGUUUUAUCUUUGGUAUGAUAACAUAUGCCUUUGCUGUGCUUUUGGAGCCCUACGGCUUUGAUGAUCCUCUGUCUAAAUCUAUUAACGGGCUCCGUAGGAUUGACAGCUCGGUGUUGUAUUAUGGUGUUUUGCCCAUAUUACUCUAUGAAGCAACACAGGAUAUCAACUGGUAUUCAUUUUGUAACUUCUUUCUUGGAGGCAUCAGUCUUGCCAUUGUUGGUGUAGUACUUCAAGUGGGUAUCCUGGGACUAUUGUUUCACUACGUCUUGAAUAUUUCUCCGUCUAAGCAUAUUACCUUGAGUUUUUUGUUGGCUUCCAUCCUGAGUUCCACGGAUCCUGUAGCUGUCCUUGCGGUUCUUAGUGGUGUAAAGGCACAUCCCAAGCUAUCCUCCAUUUUUAACGGCGAGUCACUUAUCAAUGAUGGUUCGUCCGUCUUACUUUUUCAGUUUUUCUACUUGCUACUAGUGGGUGAAACAAAGCCAAUUUGGUACCAUAUACUUGUUUUUUGUAAGCUACUACUAUUAAGUCCUCUUUUGGGUAUGAUUGUCGGCGUUAUUGUGACCAUGUGGAUAAGUAUAUUCAGGAAGCAUCACAGUGCCCAGUGUCUUGCUGUCAUUACCGUCGGUCAUUUGCUGUAUUUCAUAUCUGAGUAUACGAUGAACUUAUCAGGUCCAUUAGCUAUCGUAUGCUAUGGUGUCUUUAUUAAGGCCUACGGUUUGAUAGCCUUUGACCGUGAGGCUUUGGAUAAACACCAUCACUUUGUGGAGGGUAUCUGCUUGAUAGCGAAUUCUGCUGUGUUCAUGAUUAGCGGUGCGCUUACUGUAGGUAUGUUACAAGCUCAGCUUCAGGGGGCAGGCGUUCUAUCCCUUUUGGGCAAAUUGAUUGCCAUGUAUAUUUUAUUGAACUUGGCCAGGGCUUUUAUGAUUCUUGUAUUUAGCCCACUCUUGUCAUAUGUUGGAUAUGGCUUGAACUACAAAGAGACAUUGUUACUCAUUUGGGGAGGACUGCGUGGUGCCAUAGUGCUUGUCAUGGGUUUGCGUCUAGAGAGUGAUCGCAACACUCCUGAUGAAAUAAGUGACCUUUUGGCUUUCUAUAUUGGCGGUAGUGUCAUGUUAAUUCUGUUAUUACAGGGAUUAACCUUUGAGAUGUUAUAUCGUUUACUUCGUCCGUAUCCAAUGAAGCCAUUCCGGCGUGUCUAUUUGCUUAAGGUGAUGAAGGUUAUUGACCGUGAGUUUAGCUUGGAGGUUGAAUGGCUUCGUACACACUGGUUAUUUAAAAACACUGAUGCUGUGGAACGUGCUAUCCGUUUAGUGCCGAAAAUGGCCACCAUAAGGUGGAACGCAACGGGUAACUUAGAGUUUGAUAUACCUGAUAUUGAUAACGCUUUCGCUGGCACCCCCGUGCCUUCACCUAUUCAAACACAUCUAUUUCAAGAGGGAAUACAAUUUGAUGCAUCCUCACAGAUUGAUCGCUGCCACACUCUCUACAGUUGCUCCGUUCAAUCCGACAAUUCGUCGGCGGAAGAUGGCGAGGAAGCGUUAGAGAAAAAACAGGGCAUAGAUAAAGACGCAUUGAAGUCUAUGUCUCCUAGACCAUCAGGACGGUCUACACCACGAUCGCAGGUAAAAUCACCCCGUCGGGAUAGUUCUCCAGUGGAAGAAACAGAUAACACUGAGGAAAAGGACCGACCUUUAUUAACGUAUUCUAUAAUGAACGUGAAUUAUAACAUGGAUAAUUUACGGUAUGACCCAAAAAGGUAUCUUCAGCUUCUGGAGCACUCUGUAACCGAUGAUAUGGGCUCUUCCCAGGAUUAUCUGAAUCAGAGCACCAUGUCAUACAUUAUGGAAUCCAAUUCAGUUCGUUCGACUGCACCACCGAACGUAGGCUUGAGUGACUCAAUAGUUACUACUGAUAACACGUUAACUCGUUCGGAUACGGAUGCAACUAUUAAUCUAGACAACCUCUACCAACGCCCUGUACACAAACGCUUUGCAGCUAGCACAGUGGUACCUCGAAUGGAAAGUGACGACCGUAUUUUUGAAUACUCUCAGUAUGAAGACGGUGAUGGCCAAGAUUCGGACCACGGAAAUAGUGGAGUGCGCCGUGUUCUUCGCAAGGAACAGGAAGGUGAACUAUACAUUAUGAUAUUCAAUGCCUUCUCUGAUAUGUAUAACAAAUUGUACCACUCUGCUCUCAUUGAUGGCGGGUCUCUACUCAUGCUACAGGCCACUCUGGACACCGCAUCUGACUUUGCUUUGAAGAAGCUGCAGAAGAGGUCCAUUGCUGCUUGGGCUGCAGUGCUUGCUGAUGCGCCUCCAGAUUGCAAUUUUGUUGAGUCUGACGUAGGAGUGGAGGCUAUGGACGGAUUUGAGUUUGAGUGGUUCGUGUUGCAUUCCAUGAUAGAGAAGCGUGUCAAGGACAUUGACGGGUGGUUUGGUAUUCAGUUUCUGAAUUUUUCACAACACAAUGCAGUUCAAUCCGUCUUGGAGUUGCUGGUAUCAUACAUUGAUGUGCAUCAGCACCUCCUAGAUCGUGGCGGUCGUAAUUUAGAAUUAUUACUCGAGGGCAAGCUUUUGAAUAGUUUCCGCGCUCAGAUAAGCAAGGCCAAAUGCUACAUUGCAUCUUUAUAUCAAAGGUAUCCACAAGAUUUUGACCAUGGGUUGAUAACCAUGGGUGCUUGCAUGAUGCUUCGGAUUAAGCGUGACGUUGUGAAUGAGCAGUCAACUCAAGGUUUGUUGCUUGAGGAGGACCGUGUUCGUAUCGUAGAGAUUUUGGAGGAUCAGCUGUUCAGUGUUGCGACCACGCAUAACCGCAUUAGUAUGUUUAAGAGGAUUUUCCGUCGUGCCUUUCAUGCACUCACGUGUUGGUACCUUUGGCGCCGGAACAGCAGUUGACUCAAUUUUUAACAAUUUUAUUCACGCAUUACUGCGUCAUGGCGUGUACUUUGUUAAUA